UGCUUUUGCAGCAUGUGUUGUUCUAAAUUGAAUGUGCAGGUAUAUGCCCUGUUGUAAUUAUUAUUAGUUGUAGCAGCAAUGACAUAAUAAUAAUAAUAAUAUAAUCAUCAUCAUAAUACAUUGAGAAAAUACUCUAUGUAAUUUUUAGUGGUCAGGUUUUUAAUUCGCAGGCACUCCUUUUUUUUCUAGGUUAGUAGGCAACAUGCAGACAAGUGGAAAAAUCCCAUGCAAACUCCGAGGGCACACUUCUGCGCGUCACGUGUAGCAGCUCUUUGUAAAGGUUAACGCGGCUGUGCAGCCCUCGGCUGCGUUAACCCUUUCGCAGACGCGCCAGUCUGCGCACAGGAGCACAACACAAGGCACAAGGCGCAGAGCGCAGAGCGCAGCGAACGACGACAGGAGCGUCCUCCCGUGCCGGACACUUCUUUGGGACGGUCCGUCAGACUCGUGCAUCUCUCUCUCUCUCUCGCUGGUGUUGAACCUCAGAAUAGAAAGGAUGGAGAAUGGUGGCGUUCACGGGCUCCGCCGGUGAGGGCAGCCGCCGCCGCCGCGAGGUGAGCCUUUCAUCGUGCAGUCAACUGCAAAGAGAAGAGAGAAAGGCAUAGGGAGAGCGAGGCUCCCCAGGAGACGGACACGCUGAGGUAGACAGGACGACCUACAUCCUGCUGUUUGUGUGGAGAUCUAGGACGCUAGUCCCGCCUCCACUUGACCUUGAAAACUGGUUCUUUCCGCUGUCACUCAAGCACCAGCUCAAACUGGCUGCCACAAAACAAGAAUGGAAAAUCUGACUUCAGCACUUAAGACAUUAAACAAGAACUCAGGGAAUAACCAUAACUGCCUUGAGACCUACAGCAGUUAUGAAGAGUCUCUUCCCUCUGUCCAAGGGUCUCCAGCUCGCAUGGGACGCCUCAUCAAACCCAAACUCAGUAUGAGCGGCAGGCGAAAGCGUGAGUUUAUUUCUGAUGAGAAGAAGGACGCCUGCUACUGGGAGAAACGUCGCAAGAACAACGAGGCUGCCAAGCGUUCCAGGGAGAAGCGGCGUCUCAAUGACAUGGUUUUGGAGAACCGUGUCAUUGCACUGAAUGAUGAGAAUGUGAGGCUCAGGACAGAGCUGCUCCAGCUGAAGCUGCGCUUCGGCCUUAUAAGCACUGCUUCAUAUAUCGAAAAGAGCCAGCAGAUUGGUGGGGGCAACAACGCAGGAAACGGAGGCUCCUCCUCCUCCUCCUCCUCCUCUACUCAGUACUACUCCAGUGGUUACUCCAGCGGUUCUCAGGUGAUGAUGAACUCUGACUCUUCAGAAACAGAGCAAUCAGGACGCAGCGAGGGCCACAGGCAGCUGGUGAAAUACUCCCCACGCGGGUCCCUCUCUGACAUGUCCGACGCCUCCUCCAGGGACAGCCCCGAGCCAAUGCCCUUUGAGAUCAAACAGGAAGGUGACCGGCUGGAGAUGGACAUUGCCGAUGGCACCACGACCCAGAUCAUGUUCAACAUCCACCGCGGCCUGGCCUCUGUACCCACUCACCACCAGAUCCAACAGCAUUCUCAGGAGAUGGAGGCUGCAUACCACAGCCAACAAAGACAAGAGCAGCAGCAGCAGCAACUCCACCUUCACCAACAACAGCAACCCCAUCAGGAGCCUGUUGCCACCAUCAACACUGUAAGCCAGCCUGCCCCUCACCCACCUUCUGCCCAGAGGAGCGUUAUUCUGUAUGGCUCCAGCAGUGCCUCCUACCCUGUGGACACCCUAACAAGGCCCCGGGACAUGGAUCUGCUGGAAGCUCAGAAGCAGAGCAGUGGCGGCAGCCAGACAAGUGUCAGUCGACUGCCCCAGUCCAUUACAGGGAGCCCUGCAGAGACGUUGGCCGAGGUGACAAAACAGCUGGAGAGGAAGACAUUAGACUCCCCUUCAUAUGAGCUCUCAGAAAGCCACAAUGAGGCUGGAGAGAUACAGGUGUACAGAGUUUGCCCACUUCCCCAGAAGCACCAGCAGGAGACAGAUUCGUCUGCAGAGCUCCUCCACCAACAAGCGGAGGAGGUCAAUCAAUCCCACCUGUACCACCAUCUCCAGCAGUCUCAAAAUUUAUACCUCAGUGCCCACGACGAGGAGCCACCUGUGCUCACGUACGAAGGCGGGCCCAGGAAUGAGGUUUACUACCGAGGCCAAUCAAGCUCCUCGAGCAAGGACACCUCAUCCAGUGAUGGAGAUCCCCGCAGCUCUGACAAAGACGCCUCCACAGAUGAUGAAGAGUCCCCCUCCUCCUCCUGCUCAGACAUGGGCAGCUACCACAAUCGACACCUUACCAGCCUCCACCACCCUGCCUCACCUCUGCCCGCCUCCCAGGGCUGUGCUCAGGCCCAGGGCCGGGAUCACCAGGGAGAGGUGAAGGGCACAGCAUUGCCCCACAAACUCAGACUCAAACACCGGGCCAUGAGCACUGGGAGCUGCAGCGGCAGUGGUGGCAACUGUUCUGGCCAUGAGUCCCCAACCACACCUCCCUCUGCCACACCACCCCCUCUGCCCCAGCAUCCCUACAUUGCCCUGACUCUGCCACAGGACAUUAAGCGAGAGAGCCCAGGUGGGGCCUGUAAGCAGGCGCCAUCAGGGCAGGGGGCCAGGAAGGAGAGUGGGAAAAAGGAGACAGGUGGUCGGCGACACAAGAGGAGAGAUUAAGUGACAUUCACUUUUCGGACUUGUAAUAAAAGACACAAUUUCUUCUGUAGGAAUUACCCUGCCAUCAUGCCUUUGCCCUAUAAUCAAAUCCCCUCCUUAUGCCCUUGGGACAGAAGCAUAGGCUUUUCCACUCCCCUACCCCCAAAUGUCACCAAAAAGGCAGGACAUCUUGUAGGGCUGUAUUAUAUUUGUAUAUAUUGUACAGAUUUGUCAUUUCUUACAUCCUCUCCAUACUUACAAAGCACUUUUGUUUAUGCGAUGAGAGGAGGAAUGGAACUGCCUGCUUUUCUACUUUUGUCAUCCAACAAUUUAUAUAGCAGAGUACAUCAGCAAAAGCACAUUUUAAUCACUUACAAACAAGAAUGUGGGAACACUAAAUGUUUUGAGCUUUACCAGUACUACAAAUUUGAUAUUUCAUACCUUUCUGUAGACGAACAUACACGUGUAUGGCUUUCUGCCUUAAAUAAAAUCAAAUGCAAACGUACAAUGGGGACAUUCCCCUCGACCAAAGAAGCACCAACACCACCAACACUACAAAUAUGAAGUUCCAUACCUCUUCCCAGACCCUACCUCUACCAACCCUUACUCUCCCCGACCAUCUCCAUUAUUUCACAAAAGAUCGCCAUCGCCUUUAUUUUUUAAGCACUUGGUUUGUAUAUUACUGUGAUAUAUGAAUAUAUGUAUCUAUUAUAAAUAUAUAUUUUACAAAGAAAUUUGAAUACAAAUUCAACGAAACAAAAAAAUGCAACAGACCUGCAAUGGCAAAAUAGGAUUUUGAAAGUGACCAUCCGAAUAUGAAUCACAAUCACUGUACAACUACAUUGUCUACUGUUGCUACAGGACCCGUUCAAAUUAAAAUGCCUCUCCUCUUUGAUUGUUAAGCUUUAGCAUUAAUCAUUUUUUAAUGCCCUGUUUACACAGAAAUGGCCGUCCAGUCUGGGGCGCCAACAGCACUGAAUGGAGAACAUGUUGUGUCCUGAGGCAAGAGCCUCAUUAAAAUGUUUGGAUUUCUUAACCUUUAACCAGCCUUUAAAUAUUCGGUGGAAUUCACCAGCUGCAGGCUAUGAGCCUCGAGUUUCUUUGAGCUUUAUCAACCAUAUCUUCUUCUUCUUGUUACCAUUUACUGGCCCAGUGUAUUUAUUUCCCUCUUCUCCACACUCCCAUCACUGUAGAAAAGCCCACAGGAACAUAGACGGAGAAUGUGUACAGACCUUUUUUGAUGCAGUACAUACUGUAGCCUUGAGUGUGAACAAUAAUGUAGGCACGGGAUGCUUGGAAUUAAGUCUCAUUCAUGGAAACACACUACAGUGCACUGAGUUCUGAACAAGUUCCCCUUGUGUAGACACCUAUGAAGAGAGCCCUCCAAACGUAUUGUGCAUUUACUGGCAGGAACUUCGGUUUAGUAGUGUGACCAAGCUUUACAAAGCUCAUACAGGACAUUGUGGGGGAAAAAAGCCAAUGUAUUACCUAAUUUGUCCAACCCUCCGAUUAGAGCCAUUGUUUAAAAUGUCAAAAAGAAUCUGAGCUUGAAUUGAUGAAGACUUUACUUCUUUCCCACGUGCCUCCAUUAUUGAUUUCAGGGUGUAUUCAUCCCUGUCUCGUGAUAGUUUUGCUGCGGGCAGUGAUGGAUUGCCUGCACUGGAUCCCAGUUUUAAGAAGUCUAUGUACCACGUUUGGCUUUUUGGUGCUUGUGUAUAAAUGUAAAGUUCCCCCCGCCCUUGAACAACACUGUAAUGGUUUAUUUCAUUGGUUUUAUAUCCUCUUUUUUUUCGUCAAGUAGUUGUUCCAUUUUCCUCGAUCUUGUGUCUUUCCUCCUAUUGUCUGUGAUGACAUGUAUUUGCCUCAUCCCUCCCCCGCCUUUUUUCAGUGUGUAUUAAUCAGUAAUGUUUGUGGUUUUGCUGAUGGUUUUAUGAAAAGGACGAGGACGAAAGAAAAGAAAAAAAGAAUCAGGCAAGGAUAGUGUGGUGUUUAGAGAUGGUGGUUGGUCUGGUGGGUCAUUACCAUUGCUUCCUUUUGACAUGAAUACGUAUGUAAAGACACUAAUGUUCACUGUGGAAGAUGGGAGCAUUUCAAGAUGGAAAAACAAAAUAAAAAGAAUGUUGUCCUAUCGACAAAUCAUGAAAA